AUGAUUGCAGUUACAGGUGAAGCCUAUUACAUGAGAUGGGUAUAUAGUAUGUUUGGUUUACCGUUAAUUGAAUACAGUGGGAAACCUUACAGCGUAGAUGAGUGUAUGGAUAAAUGCUUCAGCUUAAUGAGGAAUGGAUACGCAUGUUUAGGUUUUGAGUACAGUCUAGGCAAUUCUACCUGUCGAUUCCUUGAAGCAAAUUUUCAAAACGAUGCUACUAAAUAUUAUUUGACGCCUUAUUGGGACCAUUAUAUGCUCGGCAGCACAACACCAAUUAUAGGAGGUCCUGUUGUAUAUGAUGAUGAAGUUAUCACAACAUCAGGUGGCAGAAGUGAGAGUUACAGUGAUGAACGUGUACUAACAUCAUCAAUCCCAAGAAGGUCGAAUUUGAAGGUGAAUGACUUGCGCACAACAGCAGGUGAAAGUAGUGAAAUUUUGAACCAUAAAAGUACCACCUCAACAAAAUUAAAAUACGGACCGGAAAAAUACCCAUCAAUUGAAGGAAUUACAUUUUGGGGUAUAGUUUUAGCAAUAGGAGCAGUCACUAGUUUUGGUGGUAUUUUCCUGAUUAUACAUAGAAUUUUGAAAACACCACAUUCACAUGAUCUUCGAAAGCUGGACUGGAGGACAUUCUUCCUGUCGUCUGUCAUUCGUGUCAAAUGGGAGACGACUUUAGUUCUUGUUAAACUAAUUCAGUUGUUUCUAUACAAUCUAUUAGACCAAUGGAAAGAAUUUUCAGAAAAAUGGUCCAAAGGGCAUGACAACGAAGAAGCAAUAGGUUGUCCGAAUGAAGUCAUAGCUCGCAAAAAGACAAUGCAACUAAGAGGCAUGAUAUGA